CUUUUUUUUCUUUCGGAAGUUUAUGAGAGAUUAAGAUCCCUCUCCUUCUCUCCCAGUCUUCCUCCUCCCGCAAGUCACUUUUUGAGUCGCUCUUCUUUAACCGUUUGGUCUUCUCAAUUUGCUGCUCGUUCUCAGUCAUCAUGGAUAUCGAUUUCAAUGAGUACAAGCUCAGGUGCGAGAUUCGCGGCCACGAUGAUGAUGUUCGUGGAAUAUGCGUGUGCACUGAUGAGAAUAUAGCUAGCUCAUCAAGAGAUAGAACCAUCAGGGUAUGGUCACUGGAUUCUGAUAAGCGCAAGUAUUCAUCUUCUAAAAUUUUGUUGGGUCAUACAAGCUUUGUUGGACCCCUUGCAUGGAUUCCACCGAAUGAGGAAUACCCUGAAGGCAGACUCGUCUCUGGGAGCAUGGAUACUUCCGUUUUCGUUUGGAACUUGAUUAAUGGAGAGAUUAUUCAGACAUUGAAGGGUCAUAAGAUGCAAGUCACUGGUGUUACUCUUGAUAAUGAGGACAUAGUUUCAUCUUCAGUUGAUCAAACUCUGAAACGCUGGAGAAACGGCCAGCUUGUUGAAUCUUGGGAGGCACACCAGUCGCCUGUCCAGGCAGUCAUAAAGCUGCCAUCUGGUGAGCUCGUUUCAGGUUCAAGUGACACCACUCUAAAACUCUGGAAGGGAAAAACAAUGCUGCGAACUUUGACAGGGCAUGCAGAUACUGUUAGAGGGUUAGCAGUGAUGCCUGAUUUAGGAUUUCUUUCAGCAUCACAUGAUGGCUCAAUCAGGUUAUGGGCUCUAAGUGGCGAAGUUCUUCUGGAGAUGGUUGGCCACACUUCCAUUGUGUAUUCAGUUGACGCACAUGCAUCUGGCCUUAUUGUUAGUGGCAGCGAAGAUCGCUAUGCUAAGAUAUGGAAUGAUGGAGUAUGCGUUCAGAGUUUGGAACAUCCAGGCUGUGUCUGGGAUGCCAAGUUCUUGGAGACUGGAGAUAUUGUGACUGCAUGCUCGGACGGGGUAGUUCGUGUUUGGACAGCACGCAAUGACAUGAUUGCAGAUCAGAUGGAGAUUGAUGCCUAUGAUUCCCAAAUUUCUCAGUACAAAUUAAGCAGGAAAAAGGUUGGAGGAAUGAAACUUGACGAGCUGCCGGGACUUGAUGCGCUGACGAUACCAGGUACCAGUGAUGGCCAGACAAAAGUCAUAAGGGAGGGAGACAAUGGUGUUGCUUAUGCAUGGAAUAUGAACGAACAGAAAUGGGACAAAAUUGGUGAGGUUGUUGAUGGUCCAGAUGGUGUGGCUGACCGUCCAAUCCUCGAUGGGUUUCAGUAUGAUUUUGUUUUCGAUGUUGACAUUGGUGACGGGGAACCUAUCCGGAAGCUACCUUACAAUCGAUCAGACAAUCCUUAUGAUGCAGCUGACAAGUGGCUUCUAAAAGAGAAUCUUCCCUUUGCAUAUCGACAGCAGAUUGUUGAAUUUAUAUUACAAAAUUCUGGGCAGAAAGACUUCAACUUUAAUCCAUCUUUUCGUGAUCCCUUCACGGGCGCAAAUGCUUAUGUUCCUGGGCAAGCAUCUCACACAGCUGCAACUCCGGCAAAACCUUUAUACAAGCACAUUCCAAAAAAAGGUGUGCUAGUUUUCGAUGUUGCUCAAUAUGACGGGAUUCUGAAAAAGAUGACAGAGUUCAACAAUACAUUGCGAUCUGACCCAGUAAAUAAUGACAGUUCCCUGACAGAAGUCGAAGUAUCUAGAGUAGGAGCAAUCGUUAAAAUACUCAAGGACACAUCACAUUACCACUCUACCAGUUUUGCUGACAUGGACAUUACUUUGCUUUUGAAAGUGCUACAGGCAUGGCCACCUGCAAUGAUGUUUCCUGCUACUGAUAUAGUCAGGAUGCUCGUUUUGCAUCCUCAUGGAGCAAGUCUACUCAUUAAGCAUAUGGAAAACAACAAUGACCUGCUUUUGGAUUUGAUAAAGAAAGUCACAGGAGAUUCGGCUCUUCCUGCAAAUCUUCUAACAACAGUUCGUGUCCUGGUUAAUCUAUUCAAGAAUUCCUCAUUUCAUUACUGGCUACAGAGGCAUCAUAGUCAAAUUCUUGAUGCCUUCUCAAACUGUUAUUCAUCCCCAAAUAAGAAUCUGCAGUUGGCUUAUUCGACGUUGCUUCUCAACUAUGCAGUGCUAUUAAUUGAAAAGAAGGAUCAAGAAGGCCAAGCUCAAGCCCUUUCAGCAGCAUUGCAAAUUGCAGAAGAGGAAGCUGCAGAUGUUGAUUCCAAGUUCCGGAGUUUGGUAGCAAUUGGCUCUCUGAUGCUUGAAGGCCUAGUGAAGAAGAUAGCGAUAGAUUUUGAUGUUGAGAGCAUUGCGAAAUCGGCAAAGGCGUCGAAGGAAGCCAAGAUUGCAGAAGUUGGUGCGGAUAUCGAUCUUCUAAUUCGUCAGCCUUGAGAGCUAAAUUCCAUCCUUAACAGUUUCAUAUGAUUUGUAUUCUCUUUUCCUUUGAAACGCAAUGCAAAAUUUUCUAGCAGAGAGCUUCAAAUUGAUUUGAAUAUUUAACAGUUAGAUUGAAACAGAGGAAAGACUAAGAGACUCUCUGUUCUGUUUU